AUGUCUCACAAUGCUUUAGAAAUGAAAUUAAAUCAUUUAAUUAAGUACCUUGAACCAGGAACAAAGGAAUUUCAGAAGACUUACGCAAUUCAGAAGUCACCAAAUUUUUUGGUCCCAAGGGUCAGUGUUGUCCAUUUUUCAUGUCCCAAGUAUUUUAAGACUGUACCACACUAUGUCCCACGUUAUGUCCCAAUUGUCCCAAGCACAUCUGGGACAUGUCACAGCACAACACUGCCAAGGGGAGAUGUAUUAGCAAGUGCCUUUCCAGUAAAAAUUGAUAAAGAAGAAACCAUUGAUGAGUUGAAAGAUGUUAUUAAGGAGGAAAUAGAUGUACCCGAUGCAAAAGGUCUUAAAAUCUGUAAAGUCGAAAUACCUGAUGAUAAUGAUGAAACGUUGGCCAACCUCUUACUUAAUGACCGAGAUUGA